ACGAACAAAUCCAUCACCAAAGGUCCAUCCACUUCAGGCUCUUCAAGAUCCAAGGCAUAAAGAUGCUGAAGUUUGGUGUACUAGUCCUACUUCCGUUUGUCCUGGGAGGCGCCCCACAUGGAUCCGGAUACGCCUCAAACAGGGCCAACAAUCAGGGAAAUAGACCCGGUCCAGCCAUCAACAUGGGAUCGUCUGGAAACAACAGAAUGUCAAUCACUAACUUUGGCCCGCUUCCAAACAAGCCUAACAACAAUCUAAACCCCAUAAAUAGAAGAAUGCAGCCAAGAUCAUCCAGAUACAUUUCCGAUGUACCUUACCAGUGCACAAUGUACAGUGACGCCGGAUACUUCUGUCCCUAUAGAUACGAGCAACCCAGUACACGGUAUUUCUUCAAUGUCUACUCCGGGAGAUGUGAGAGUUUCUACUAUCUAGGAUGUGGAGGGAACCUAAACAACUACGGAUCACGUGAAGACUGCCUUAGUUCAUGUGCCUGCUUCAUAUCCCGUGAUUAUGGAAAUUAUUAUUGUCCCUAUGGUGGGUCCACUCGUUGGUAUUUCAAUAAAUACUCGGGCACCUGCCAAUCUUUCUACUACAGUGGAUGCAAUGGUGGUAACGACAAUAAUUUCCAAAGUCAGCUAGAAUGCCAAUCGACCUGUGCACCACAGUCGUCAAGCUAUUAUUACAACAGACCCAUAAACGGUAAUUUCGCCAGGAACAGUGGAACACAAUCAUUUGCCAACUCGGUCGGACCAGUUCGGCCUAAUUCACCCCAAACCAACUUGCCAAAUAUUCCAAAUGCGCCCAUGCCUAAUAUUCCAAAUACACCCAUGCCAAAUCGCCCAAACGCACCCAUGCCAAAUAGCCCAAACGCACCUAUACCAAAUAUCCGAAAUGAACCCGUGCCAAAUAGCCCAAACGCACCCAUGCCAAAUAUCCCAAAUGCACCCAUGCCCAAUAGUCCAAACGCACCCAUGCCAAAUAUCAAUAUGCCUAAUACACCAAAUGCACCUUUGCCAGAACCAAACUUCCAGGGAGUAAAUGGAAUUAACAUGCAUGGAUCAAUGGGCAAUGAAGCUAUUACCAACGGCCUCAACAACGGAAAUAACGGGGUCAAUAUCAACUCUAUUGCUCAAAUCUGGAAGAUGGCAACAAAUGCCAUGAAUGCUGAUGCACCACCUAAUGGGGUGAAUAUGAUUUACCCAAGUGGACCAAACCAAAUGAAAUCUGGAUUGACAAUGUAUUAGAGAAAUAAAGUAGUGUUUCAAGAAAUAGAAAAAAA